UACGAUUGGCCGCCGCAUCAGCCAAGUGCAUCAAGCGCCAUUUGUUUGGACGCUCAAUUUUCGGUCAGUUGCAUUCGGAAAGUGCGGCGAUUAGGUGCUGAGUUAGAGGAAUGAGGGACGCGUAUUCUGUUCGUAGAAAGCACGCAGAUGCUGCUAUGUGAAAAAAUAAAUCGUGAGACGGAGAACCUGUGGACCACGAUGCAUAGAAAGUCUUGUGCGUUUAAUUAUUAUCGUAGCCCGAAUAAUCACCUAUUGUGCACAUAAGACUCGUGUUAUUUACGGUUGUGAAGCGGGGGGGAUCGAUUGUUAAUUUAUAAAGAAAACGAAGGCAAAAGGAGCACGAUGUCUUUAAGUGCGAGCGCAGAAAACUUAUCGUCCGAAGGGCAAAACAGUGAAAGGUGGAAUAUGUGCCUUGAACUGGCGCUAGAGGGUGAACGCCUAUGUAAGGCUGGAGAUUGCAAAUCUGGUGUUGCUUUCUUUCAAGCAGCAAUUCAAGCUGGCACAGAUGACUUAAGGAUAUUAAGUGCAAUUUACAGUCAGUUAGGAAAUGCAUACUUUUACCUGGGAGAUUAUGUGAAAGCAAUGCAGUAUCAUAAAUUGGAUUUGACGCUUGCACGUAACAUGGGAGACAAAUUGGGGGAAGCUAAAUCUAGUGGAAACUUAGGAAACACGUUGAAAGUUAUGGGAAAGUUCGAUGAGGCUAUGAUCUGUUGUAAAAGGCACUUAGAAAUUUCAAGAGAAAUUGGGGAUAAACUAAGCGAAGGAAGAGCUUUGUACAACUUAGGAAAUGUUUAUCACGCAAAAGGAAAGCAAGCUGGUAGAAUAGGCCAUCAAGAUCCUGGAGAAUUUUCUGAAGAUGUUAGACAGUGUCUACAACAAGCUGUUCGUUAUUAUGAAGAAAACCUAGAGCUAAUGAAAGAACUAGAAGAUUCUGCUGCUCAAGGUAGAGCAUGUGGGAAUCUGGGAAAUACCUUCUACCUGUUAGGUGAUUUUCAACAAGCAAUCUAUUAUCAUAAUGAGAGACUAAAAAUAGCUAGAGAGUUUGGAGAUAAAGCUGCUGAAAGAAGAGCAAACAGUAACUUGGGCAAUUCGCACAUAUUUCUUGGUGAAUUUGAAAAAGCUGCACAGCAUUAUAAAAGGACUCUAGAUCUUGCACAAGAUUUAGGAGAUAGAGAAGUGGAAGCACAAGCUUGUUAUUCUCUAGGAAAUACGUACACUCUCCUUAGGGAUUACCCAACUGCAAUAGAAUACCAUUUGUGGCAUCUUGAAAUAGCUCAACAACUUAAAGAUCGAGUAGGUGAAGGACGUGCCUGUUGGUCUUUGGGCAAUGCUUAUGCAGCAAUGGGAAAUCAUGAAAAGGCACUGCAUUAUGCCAAUCUCCAUUUGAACAUUUCAAAAGAAUUAGAAGAUCCUAUGGGUCAAGCUACAGCUCAAAUGAAUGUUGAUGAUUUACAAAAGAUUUUAGGCCUGGAGAAAGGGCAACAAGAAAAUAAUAAAGAAAAUAUUGCACAGAAACUAUCAGCUAAUAAUACAGGAUCAAAUGUUAAUAUAUCUUCACCUUGUAGAUAUAGACUUAGAAGGCAAAGUAUGGAUAACUUAGAUCUUAUUAAGCUUACCCCUGAUGCAAAAUUGAAAGAACAAGCUGAAUCUCAAAUAGACAAAAGCAACAAUGCAACUCCACAACUUACUCAAAAAGAAGAAGAUAGUUUCUUUGAUCUUUUGUCUCGUUUUCAAUCUGGAAGAAUGGAUGAUCAACGUUGUGCAUUGAAUACAAAUAGAGGUCAAAAGUUUAGACCAAUGACACCUGAAGUAUCUGAUUCAGAUGACAAAGAUGGAGAGGACUUGUUUGAGCUAAUUGCUGGUAUGCAAAGCAAAAGAAUGGACGAGCAACGGGUAACGUUGCCUUAUUUACCUGGCCUAAAUACUAACCAGGAUGCAGAUGAUUCUUUCAUUGAGAUGCUUGUCAGGUGUCAGAGUUCGCGUUUAGAAGAUCAACGGAGUCCUCUGCCUGCUCCAUCAACGGUACAAGAUGCAGAAGAAGAUCAUGGUCAAAGAAGUAAUGGGACUCAAGCAGGUUCCACAGUUCCUGAGGAAGAUCUUUUUGCUUUAAUUCAAAGACUCCAGGCGGGACGAAUGGAAGAUCAGAGAGCUUCAGGACCUCGCAAAAUGUGUUAAAAAAUACUUGCAUAUAAUGGCAGAAAGCGACUUAAAACUAAAUGAAAUCUUAAUACUAUCUAUAUCGAGUUUUAUAGCUAUGCAAUAGUUAUCUCAUUUUAUGAUUUCCAAACGUUUAGUGCUUAAUUGUACAGCGUCUCUCACUAAGUAAAUACGCGAAUGGCAGCUGCAGUUACUGAUCUAGAUUCAAGAAAAUCUAAAUUAUCCUACCCAUAAAAAGGAAUAUGUGCAUUUAUUGCUUAUGGAAUCAUUGUAUGAAUAUCACUAAUAUCUUAAAGAAUCGUCCACUGGGUCUCAGUUCCCCACUUUUAACUUGGAAUUGAAGUUUUUUUUUUACUACCUGAGUGUCCGUAAUAUAGUGCCAAAAUCUGUACAUAUGAAUCUAAGUUAUGCGCGUAAAAAGUCAAAAGUUAUGUAACAUUGACUAGAAAAUUAUCUUUUUUUUUCUUUUAGUGUUCAUGAAGUACAAUCGUAUUAUUUCAUAAUGGGAAAUAGGAAACUGGAUAAAUAAUGACUUAAAAAGAAAGAUAUUCAUUCUUGACCAGAGUAAACGAGCGACGUUCUGAACACUGCCAGGCUUAGAUCACGAAUCGUAUAAAAGUCUUGUUAAAGUAUAGAGUAUUGUAUAUUGAAGAUCUAUCAAUCCUGGCGUUAUCUGUUGCAUAUGCGGUAUUGGAACGAUUCAUUUGGUUACCGAUUAUUUUUGUAAAGGGUGGGAAUGUUUGUGAACCUGGGUGCCAAACGUUUAAUCGUUGGUUGCUAAUUAUUGAAAGCAAAGAAUGGAAUUGUUGGUCGUUGUAUAUUAUAUGUAUUGUUCUCUCUCUAUUGUACGUUGUCAAACGUAUGCUCACAAUCAAAAUGAGUAACACGUACGGUUAUAAUAAUUUAUAGCGAACGUUACCAUUUUUAUCUUAUGUCGUUCAUGUACUUCGUCCAUUUGAGGGGACGCUGACCGAGUACUUGAGAGGAGUGACGUUAAUCUCAAUAGUACCUAACUAAUUAAUCUGUAUAGUAAUUUUCCAAAGCGCUGAAACUUACUAAUGAACUUAACUAUAUACAGGGGAGUUCGAUUUAUGUGAAUUCUCUUAUCUAUAAACCUGAUACGAUGUAAUGUAUCACCUGAUCUCCUU